AUGAUUGGGUCCGUCCAUGCACCGACUCCCGAGGGGGUCAUCGCUGAUUUUCUUUUUACAGGACUCAAUCUUGUUGGCAAUGAAAACCGUCAUCGACAUUCCCGAGGACGACGUAGUCCGCCUUCUCCAGACUUCAGUGGCGCACAGCCAGAAAGACCAAAGCGCAGACGACGACGCAAUGCAGAUCGACACCACACCAACCACGAACGUCCCGACAGUCGACACAGUCCUGCCGCUCUGCGUGACCUACACCAUGUCCGCCCCGGCGCUGCGGCUGGCCCUGCGUCAGCACCUGCGUGA